UAUUCUAUCUUAUCGUGAUCCACAAUUGUAUAUAAGAAUUUUCACUUGUCCUACUGACAUCGUUUCAGUUUUGUUUCGUGACAAACCUGACGAAAAUGAGGGGUUUUACUGCCAUCUUGAUCUGCCUAUUCAUAGGCGUUGCCUUAUGUGAUAUCGUAAAAAUUCCCUUGAAGAAGGUUGAAUCUCCGAGAAAAUCCUUGAAACAAAUCUCAAUAGGCAGAAACCAACUAGCCAACAAAUAUGCAGACCCAUCUUCUCCUCUGAUCCUAGCUAACUACAUGGAUGCUCAAUACUACGGUGAAAUCUCCAUCGGAACCCCACCACAAAAAUUCAACGUCAUCUUCGAUACCGGAUCCUCCAACCUCUGGGUUCCAUCCAGCCAGUGCUCCCUCCUACAACCGGCUUGCCUGCUCCACAAGAAGUACCAUUCAUCUCAGUCCACCACCUACGAACAGAACGGAACCGUCUUCGAGAUCGCCUACGGAUCUGGAAGCUUGAGUGGAUUCUUAUCUACCGAUGUUGUGAACGUCAACGGAUUGAAGGCCAAGAAGCAAACCUUCGCAGAAGCCACCAAAGAACCUGGCUUGGCCUUCGCCAUCGGUAAAUUCGACGGUAUCCUGGGUUUGGGAUAUAACACCAUCGCUGUCGAUAAAGUCACCCCAGUUUUCGACAACCUUGUAGCCCAAGGUGUGGUCGAUGAGGCUGUGUUCUCUUUCUUCCUCAACAGGGACCCUAAAGCGGAAAUUGGUGGAGAAAUAGUUUUUGGAGGAGUUGACAGAUCUAGAUACUCCGGUGAAAUCACCUACCUUCCAGUGACCAGGAAGGCCUACUGGCAAAUCAAUAUGGACAGCGUUAAAGCCGGUUCGAAAACCGUUUGCCCUUCAGGAUGCCAAGCCAUCGUCGAUACCGGAACCAGCUUGUUAACUGGACCAAUUGAAGACAUAAAAGUCAUAAACAGAGCUAUUGGAGCCACCAAAGUCCCAUUCACUGAAGAAUACAUGAUUGACUGUUACAGAAUUGACGAUUUGCCAAAGGUUGAAAUCACCCUCGGUGGUAGAGUAUUCACCCUCGAAGGCAAAGACUACGUCAUCGAGAUGGAUGAAGGUGGACAGAAGUCUUGCAUUUCUGGAUUCUCUGGAAUGGACAUUCCAGAACCAACUGGUCCUCUAUGGAUUCUUGGGGACGUCUUCAUCGGCAAAUACUACACCAUCUUUGACCAGGCUAACGACAGAGUCGGUUUGGCCGAUGUUGUUGUUUAACUCAAUGUAAUAUGAUGUGAUAUUAUACAUAAAAGAUAAAUUCAAA